CAGUCCCAAAGCCCCCAGAGCGCCAGUGUCCAAGCACGAGGUGACCCCUCCCCCAGCACGAGAUGCCUCAUAGCCCCCCCCCAGCUCGCCGCCUCUCGCCCUAGCAUUUUUUCCAGUCCUUCCGCCAGCUCAAUGUAAAACCAGAUGUGAGUUUGGACUUGCCCACGCUCGUCAGUCUCUGCGCAUCAGCUGCUGCAAGACGAAACUUUGUGGAGAUUUUCCAACUUCAUCCACGUUUCCUCUUUCAUUGGAGUUGUGGGAUCCUCUUGGACCGGGAGCGACUUCACAUUCCUCCACGUCAGGGGUUGAUCCUCUGCGCAGAGCUCGUCCACAGAGCGCCAGACUCCAAGCUCGGCAGCGGGGGUUCGGCCCCGGAACGUUUCACACAACAUUAAGGGAGCGAAACGUUUGCAGCGCCCGAGGUGUCCCGGACAUCAGGCUGGUCGCCGUUCGGAUCACUUUGCGCUCUGGCUCGGGUCCAGGUAAUGUUUGAGCAUUAUUGAUGGGCAUCAGUACAGUCAUGUGGCCACUUGGUAUCGCCAUACUGUGGGUGACUGUCACAGCAGAACAUUCCAGCACAUGGGAACUGGAAACACGCAAAGAUGUUCCGUGCCCACGUGUACAUGGUGAUGGAUGGAAAAUUCGCAACCAGGAGCAGUACAUUAACGUUCCAGGCUUUAAUUUGCUCAGGCGAUUCUCCGUCUUUAAGAUGCCAGCACUGAAGAAAAUCCGAAGUCCAACAGGAUCUCUGAUUGUGAGAUUAGGAAACGUAUCCCUGGUCAGACCCACUGAACAGGUGUUCCCUCAGGGGCUGCCAAGUGAUUUCACCUUCCUUGCAACUCUGCUGUUGAAGAAGAAGACAUUGAAGAAGAACUGGGACCUGGUCAAAAUCACAGACCAGUUGGGCCUGACACAGUUUUCAGUCCACAUGGACGGGAGGGACAAAACAGUGGAAUACAAGGCCAAAGGUCGUUUCCAAGACUAUGUGCGUUGGGUGUUCAGCGGUGAAGGCAUUGCUGCCCUAUUUGAUCAACGAUGGCACAAGUUGACAGUCAGUGUACAGGGCAAUGUGGCCUCUCUCUACGUAGACUGCCGCCUGAUCGAGAUCAAAUCGGUGGAAGAGAGAGCCAGGAUCAGCAAUGAGGGGCAGGCAGUAAUGGGCAAGCUCACUGAGGACAACAGGCCAGCUGAGGUUGAUCUACAGGAGAUGAUUCUAUUCUGUGAUCCUCUCGUGGCGGAAAAGGUGACAUGCUGCGAGAUUCCAGGUGUACGGUGUGCAGUGGACCUGCUGCUACCGAAGAAAAGACGGAAUGCCGAAGUGAAGAAGAGCGGGAUAAUAACUGGAGCUCUGCCUCAGCUACGCCGGGAGGUCGAAACCAAGUGCUUCUGUGCCGAUGAGAAGUCAAAGACAAAGUGUAAGUCAUGCAUCCCAGAGGCACCUGGAAAAAACGAUGCCGAUGGACUGAGCCUACAGAAGGGUGAAGGCUGCAUUGAGUGUCCCAAAGGCCAGAAAGGAGAGAAAGGAGAUCCGGCCGAGAAGGGUCAGAAAGGUGAGCCAGGAUUCCCAGGACAGACUGGCCUCCCUGGCAGAGAUGGAAAACCAGGAGAAAAGUGUAUCAUAGGACCAAAGGGUGCCAAGGGAGAUCCCGGACCUGUCGGACCAGAGGGCCUUGCCGGAGAGCCAGGAGCCCCAGGCCCUCCUGGUGUUCCAGGAAUCGGAAUCCCAGGAAAGCCGGGAAAUCCUGGUGGCCCACCUGGAGUCAAAGGAGAUCCGGGAACUGAUGGGAACCCUGGCAUUGAAGGUCUCCCUGGAAAACAGGGAGACCAGUGUGGACUUUGUCCCUCAGACACAAAAGAGCAAGGUGGUGAGAGCAAGCAGGAUACAGCCUACGACUCACACCCUGUGGGGCUCAAGCAGGGUGUGCCUGGACCUCCAGGAAAGCAAGGUGAAAAGGGCGAUUCUGGAGAGCCUGGUCCAAAAGGAGAAAAGGGUGAAGCCUGCAAACUCUGCCCCCAACUUCCUGAUGAGCUCGGAGGAAUUGUAGGAAUUCCUGGACCACCGGGAGCUAAAGGUGACCGUGGUCUUCCUGGAGUUGGGCUCCCUGGAUCCUCUGGUAUUCCCGGAAAACCAGGACUGCAUGGGCCAAAGGGAGAGAAGGGAAGCAUCGGCAAGCAUGGCUCACCUGGGAAGUCGGGCAAGCGUGGUCCGCAAGGUGUCCCUGGGCAUGAUGCGGAGAAGGGAGACAAGGGGGAGCGUGGAGACCCAGGUAUCACAGGAUCCCAAGGACUGAAAGGGGAAAAGGGCGAAGGAUGUGGACCUUGCUUCACUGCUCCACAUGGGAAGCUCAAUGCUGCCUCUCCACAUGUGGAAGUACCUGAGGACGGUCAGCCCGGCAGACCGGGUGAUCCUGGUCCAAAGGGCGAUACAGGAGAGCCAGGUGCCAUAGGAAUUCCAGGAAACCCUGGAAAACAAGGAUUACGAGGUUCUCCCGGACUAAAAGGUGAAAAGGGAGAUCAGUGUGAGGUUUGCCCCACAAUACCAGAUGACUUCAAGGACGUGAUCGGACUUCCAGGGAAACCAGGCCCUCGAGGCGAUCCUGGACCACCUGGGACAGGAACACCUGGAAGACAUGGUCUACCAGGUCUGCAAGGACAGGCGGGCACUCCGGGUCUGAAGGGAGAGAAGGGGCAGAGGGGACCCCCUGGAGUUGGACAGCCUGGCCUGCCAGGAAAGGAUGGCAGUGUGGGGAAACCAGGAGAGCCGGGUGAACCUGGAGUGCCGGGGAUACCCGGAUCUGCAGGACCCAAAGGCAGCAAGGGGAAGGCUGGAGAGCACGGGAUUCCAGGACACCCAGGAGCACCAGGCGUGGGACUACCAGGGAUACAGGGAAAGGAAGGAGAGCCUGGAACUCCUGGACUGCCAGGGAAAAGAGGCUUCCCAGGUGUGUCUGGAAUUAAAGGUGAAAAGGGAGCAGCAGCUGAACCCUGUUUCUGUGUGUAUGGGCCUCCUACUGAGCCAGGAGAUGGACAGCCGGGAGCUUCUGGAGAACACGGGCUACCGGGGGCUCCUGCUAAGCGACCGAUGUGGCCAGUGGGACCUUUGGGCCCUCCUGGUCCUCCGGGGCCACCUGGACCGCCUGGACCUCCCGGAGCCCCCGGAGGAAUGGGAAGGCAGGGAAUUCCCGGGAAUGAUGGCUUGCCAGGUGUGCCCGGACUUCCGGGGGAAGUGCCUCCGCUGUCACUGUUUGCUGAGAGGAACAAUUCUUUCUUCAAGGUUUUCUGUGCUAACUGCAGCAAUGGAUUUCCUGGUGCCCAGGCAUUUACAGGAGCCAAGGUGGAGCAGACACCACACAGCACUCCUGGGGCAGGAGCCAUCGACCACUGCGAGAAGUGCAGACAGGAGCAGCGUGAACUGCCCCGUAUGGAGGAGCAUAGGCCAAAUGGCAGAGACUGUGGGUAUGCAGGGCCUCCUGGGAUGCCUGGGAUUCCGGGUGAACCUGGACUGCCUGGAAUGAAAGGAGAACAGGGUUCUCCAGGUCUCCGAGGAUAUCCAGGGCCACCAGGCCAAUCGGGACCCCCUGGGUUUCCUGGCUCUCCUGGGCCCCCUGGAACUGCUGGUCUACCCGGAGAACGGGGAUUAAAUGGAGUGCCUGGACAGAAAGGAGAACAGGGUCCUCCAGGAUCCGCUGGAUACCCCGGAGCAGCAGGGAUGCCUGGUCUCCCGGGGCUUAAAGGAGAACGGGGUCCGAUCGGACCUGAAGGAGAAAAAGGUGUACCGGGCCCUCCUGGUAUCCCUGGUCUCCAAGGUCCAAGUGGCUCCACGGGCCCCAAAGGUGAUGCAGGAAUACCUGGUGCCCGAGGAGAGAAAGGAGACCAAGGAUUUCAAGGACAGCCUGGGUUUCCUGGACAGCAGGGGCCAAUAGGUUUCCCAGGAAAGUCUGGGCCUCCAGGACCCCCAGGAAGUCCUGGUGAGAAGGGCAGUGAGGGAAGAACAGGACCUGUUGGGCCAACAGGUCCUCCAGGCCGAAUUGGAACUCCAGGGAUACAGGGACCCCCCGGAAUUGAUGGCCUCAAUGGAAAGGAAGGGAAGCCAGGUGCCCGGGGUGAAAUGGGACCUAUGGGGCCACCGGGACUCAGAGGUGCACCUGGAUUUAAAGGAAAGCCUGGGCUCCCAGGACAACCUGGGCUGAGGGGUGAACAGGGAGCAGCGGGUCCACCUGGAGCAGCAGGACGUCCAGGCUUUGAGGGAGAGCCUGGUCCACCAGGGCCUGUAGGACCACCAGGACUUCCUGGGCACAUUGGCACGGCUGGCAUUCCAGGAAGCCCAGGCCCAGCAGGACCACCAGGAGUGGGAACAAAGGGUGAUCGAGGGCCGAUGGGAGAAAGAGGUCUUCCCGGCAUGGCUGGAUCCCCUGGUCCCCCUGGAUCACCGGGGUUAAUGGGAGAGCCUGGCAGUGAUGGUCCAAUAGGAAAAGAGGGAUCACCUGGUGUUCCUGGGAGUGCGGGGCCUCCAGGGGCAAAGGGUGAACCAGGAAGACCAGGAGCGAAGGGAGCCCAAGGGGUGAGAGGAAUGCCUGGCAUGUCCUUUGGAUCAGGCAAGAGUGGUGGAAUGGGACUACCUGGACCUCCCGGAACCCCCGGUGCUCGGGGAGAACGAGGGUUACCUGGACCGCCAGGACCUGCCGGUGCUGCUGGAAUUCCAGGAACACCUGGAUCUGCGGGAGAAGCUGUUAACUUUGAUGAGAUCAAGAGGUUAAUCAGACAGGAAGUUAUGAAAAUCUUUGACC